CACUAACUCGAACAAUAAGAUGAGCAAAGCGAACAAAACUGAAUAUCAAAUCAUUUGAAGCAUCAUUUGCAGUUCUGUAUAUCUAAGGAGCUCUUUCCCAUUAGUUUUAUAGGAGGUAAGUUUUAGUAAAAAUAAAGUUUAGUUCCUUACACAAAUUAAUGGCGAAAAUAUAAAACAUAGAAAGCAUGUAAGCUUCGACUACUAUAGAUUUCUUAGGCACCUGCUUAUUUUUUUUAUAGAGUGUUGCAUGUAAAAUGUUUCUUGUUAAGUUCCUUUCUCUCCUGGAGAUUUCUACGUAAAAGACCAUUAUGUUUACAAUAUGAUUGUCAGGUAAAAAUAAUUACAGCAUCUGAUUAUCCUUACGGUAGUGUAAGCAGUAUUUUAAAUAUAAUUUUCGUUAUUAAAAGUAAAAGCAGUAACACUGAACCCCACUGAGUUUCUUCUAAGUAAGUAAGUAAGUAAAGCCUUUAUUUAAGGAGGGUAGCACCUAAUAGCUGUGGCCCUUCUAUCUGGGCGUUCUCAAUUUCUGAACUUAAACUGGAUUUCUGGAGUCCAUUUCCAAGUUUUUUAUGAUAAAUAGGUAAUAGAAUAAAUAAUGAUUAGCAUCUAGAGGUACUAUUAAUAUAAUGAGAGUGGUUAUUCGUGCGACCAUCCUCAAACGUUCUUGAUCGAAUAGGAAUUUCGAAAGUUUGCUCUUUGAGGAGAUCAGAACCACUCGGAACAAAGAGCAGAACCAAGAACAAACUUAACCAACAUAUGUCGUCGAUGCCGGGAUUUGCGUGCCCGCCUCGUUGCUGGGAAACGAGUGCUCCUAACACUGCCGGUCAUCCUUUCUCUCUAAAGUGGUUUUCCACUGUCGCGUAUAUUUUUCGCGCGUGCACACGUAAAUUUUACACGCGUAAAUUAAAUAAAGGCACUUGUUGAAGAGGUCGCGCGUGAACGUAAAACGUGAAGGUGAACUGCGCGCAAAUUUUACGUUUAGGCGCGACCUUUCAUACAUUGCCUCACUGCACUUAAACGUGAAAGUUGAAGCUCUACUAUUUUAGACAUCCACUUUAGUUAGGGACAGAGCAUAAGAAAAUGGGGCUGAGAGGGGGUUUCUGCUUAUCAUGUUUUUUUUUUGGUUUGCAUUGUGUGUUUAAGGGUUGAUAAUCGUUUACGAGAGUUUGCACCUUUCACAAUAUUAUUGUUGCAACUGUUAUUGAGGAAAAACUAGUGCUUUACAAAAUUGAGUGCCCUUAAUGUUCAGUGCAGCAAGAUUUAUAUCCUUUGCUGUGUUUGCCUAAGGGAGCUUAGAAUGAAACAAGUGUCCGCAGCUGUGUCCCCCGCGCUUACUGGAGUGUGUAAAUAAAGAAUUUGUUUGGGAGUUCAAACGGGGUUUUGUUUUCUUUUCUAAGGGUAAGGAUUUGAAUCUUGAGGGGAAGCUUUCCAGUGUAAAGUUCGGGUUGUAUAUUCCCUUUCCGUCUUUAUUAUUUAGGAAAAAGCGUGCACAGUGUCUCCCGGAGGCUCUGAGGUCUUGAAACAUGCAUUUGAAGGUCAGCUUCUAUUUCUGCUUCUACCGGUUUGAAGCAUUUUAUGAAACGUGCUCUGUGAAUGUUAGUUUCGAGUUCGAAACUUAGCGCAAUGAAAAAUUCUCCUCUUGAUUAAAAAUAAUAAUAAUAAUAAUAAUAAUAAUGUCACUGUAUGGACUCUAUAUAAUGUACAAUCGUAGAUUCAAGUUUAUAUGAGCGGGGUAAUAUUGCCAUGUAGUCCUGAGCAAACGCGAUAAAUGAAAGUUAUACGAGGAUUUAAAGGUUUAAAUUGAGACGUCUAAAUAUAUUUUGAAAACGUUUUCUCUCGAGCAAAGUACGAGUUGACUGGUAAUGUAAUUCACGGAUCAAUUUUAACGCAAGUUCUUAAGUGAACACUUAAUCCUAAAUUUUGUAACUUUUUGAAGAAUAGUAACCAUCCUGUUUAAUACUAUGUGCUUGGAAGAUAAUUCGUAACGUUUUGAGUUUGUAAACUCCAAAUUCCCUCUUUUUUCUGAACGGUGUUCCUGAAUACUGACAUGUAUUAUGUUUGUGUUGUAUUGUUUGUUGUGCUGUGAAUGAUCGACCUCUUCGGUUAUCUCGAGUUAGCUUAAAUGUAACUUAUCUCGGAUGGGCUCUUUCCUGUUAGUUUCAUUGUCAGAACGUAUAGUCGAGGGGGAUUGACUCUCUAUGGAAUAAGUAGAUGACUCAUAACGGAGCGAUACCAUGAUAGUUUAACACAGUCAUUGGUCUUCUCCUUGAGUUGAGCUCAGAAAACCUAGAACGCACGGUCGAGCGAGAAAAAUGCGACAAGGCGCGAAAACCGCGAAAGAGGAGCAUAAGUUUAAUGUCCUCGACGUUUUUCGCCUGAAGACUUUUGACCGCUGAGAAUAUCAAGAUUUUAACAUGUCUGAGUGAUAAAAUAUUUAAGCCUUACAUUUCUUCAUUGCUGUUUGUUCAGUGUAGUACACGGGGAUCUCGACUGACACAACCGACAGUAAAUUAAUCGUGUAGUAUUUACCUGUUGUGCUGUUAAACUUCACUAGGCGGUCCUCAGGAGUUUAAAAUUUGUUGAUGGAAGUCUUAUACAAGCUUUCAAACUUUCGUCAUAAAAAGCUAUCAACGAUAACAGGAACAGGCUGUAAUUAUUCUGCAAAGCGCGAAGCUGCAGCUAAGUCUGACUUCUAGCUACUUCGGUAAGAUCUGGUCCCUCCUCAUGUCAUCAGCGGAAGAGUGAAAUCUAAACUGCGUUCACUCGAAUAUUCUAUAUUUAACCAUCGCAUAAGUGAACAAUUUGCCGCGUACAUACGGUCCUUUUUGUUUUCUUAAUACACACUAAUGAAACUUGCAAACAGUUUGUCACCUAGAAACUUCGCAUGAUUAUGGGUUAUUAAGGUUGUAACAUAUCAACAUCCUUUGUUGGGAGCAAAGUGUCGACAGUGUUUUUAUUAGCUACCACAAAUAUCUUUAGACUGAUCGAAUCAGAAACAUAUAUUAAGCUCACUAAACGGAGCCCCAGUGAAUCAGCAAGAUUUCAUGUUGUAACAAAUGCCAGCCAAGUACGUUUCAAAAACGUAAAAACAACAAAGACUUUUAAAACUGUAUUAAUAAACGCAUAAAUGACUGACGACAAGAGAGAAUAAUCUACCGACAAAAACGUGAGAGACGCACGUUAUUAAGGAAGUCUUAGUAUAGAAAUAAACUGUGACAAUAAUGAUUGAUUUUCGUAAUAAUUGAGGUACUGGCAAUACCAAACUGUAUUGUUUGUUCAGUAGCAAUCAAAUGCGAUGUUCGAUGCGCAUUAAAUCUAAAUCCGGAGUAAUGAAAAGAGAACUAUAAAUUUUUCAUUAUUUAUAUAUUUUUUCAUUUCUGUUUUCAUUAUAUUCGCUAUGAUUAAAGCUUCCCGCUAAUCUUACAGACCUUUUGCGUCAAAUACCAUGAAUGCUAACUACAUGGCAAAAUCACAAUCAGAUUGUCAAUUCCCAAACAAGUUUCAAUGCUCCUAUAAUCUUUGAUAAAUAACACGCUAGUAUGCGGCAGUAUUGAUGUAGCAUCCAGACCAAGAAGGUUACUGUAUGAAAAUAAAAGUUAAUGGGCCCGUUUUAAGGCCUGUAUUAGCUUGGGUAAAGAGGGGUAAAAACACAAGCACAUGACGAGAAUUCAUUUCACAACAAUUUGUAAAUAUUAGUAUAUAAUACGGCAAAGACGUUUAAAAUUGUAUAAUAGCCGCUCGUACGACUCAUUAGCGUACAUCCCAUACUUAAAACGGGUACCUUACUGGUUCGCUCAGGGUUCGCCAUUUAGAAGUGUCUUUGAAUUAAAAGGCCCAUGACUUUAACAAAAUCAGUUAUAAAUUUGUUGUAGAAUGCAAAAGUUAUUCUAGAAAAUAAAUUGCUAAAGCAAUGAUUGAUCUUUUUUUAAUAAUUAAGUUAUUGGUAAUAACAAAUUGAAUACUUUCUUCCGCUGCAAUGAUGCGAUGUUCCAUGAGCUUUCAGGCUAGAAUAAUGGAUAAAUAUAUAUUUUACUUUAUUUCUCCUUACUUUUUUCAUUAUGGUCGUUAUGAUUAAAGCAAUCUAACCCCUCUAAGGUCAAAAUACAGAGCUAUUGCCAUACACCGAAAAUCAGAAUCAGAUUUCUGAUUUCCCGAACAAGAUUUCAUCCAAUCCAAAAUACUACGCAAUUCAGAUGACCUUGCUGAGACGCAAUACAAGGAGACCAUGGUUACUGUAUGAAAAGAAUAGCAAAUAAUACCAAACGCACGAACGAAAUUUGCAAAAUUGUAAAAUGUCUUUAUCGUAUACUAUCAAAAGUAUUUGCCAAAUUAGACAGACGUUGGGAAUGCACAUAACUCCAUUGGGAUUCAGUUUUAUUUGACUAAAAUUAUAUGGCCAUCGUACAGAGUUGUAGAAGGAUACUUAAAAUGGUUAUAACCGUUAAUGAUUCUCUGUAAAAGGGGAAAAAUCGAAGACGAUAACGGAUUUAACCUCUUAUAAUAGAUGCCAAAAUUUGAGAAACAGUUUCUAGCAAUAUACCUAGUAUAUUCCUUACAGCAAAUCCGAUUCCUCACUAAAUUAAGUGUUGUACUUACUUUUGCAGUCCUUUCUUCAUGAAAAGCGAGUGACAUCAUAUUUGAGAGCAGAAAAAGACUAUGACUCUAGCCCCGACCGAGACAGAUUCAGGGACCAUCCAACCAGAAACCAACCUAUCAGGUGCCGGUACGGACCAAGGAGCUAGCCAAUCACAGAAUGCUCUUGAAGUUGCCUUCAGUAUAAUCGCAAGCUGUGCUUUUGUGUUCAACCUUGCCUUCUGUGUAGUGCUCUUAAAGAAACGUGCCAUGCUAAAAAAGCCACAUAAUUCUCUUCUGUUUAACUUGGCCUUGACUGAUUUACUUACAGGUACGGUAUGCUUUGAUUUAAAUGCACUUUUGUCUUACCCAAGGAUGGUAUGGUAUAUCUGUACAUAUCUUUAGAAGACAUAUGUCAAGCAUUGAAUUAGUUUAGUUCACAGCUUUGAGAUUUGAUCGCCAUAGCCAAUAGCCACCUCCACUUCGAAGAAUAAUUGUUAUAUAUCCGAUGAAUAGCGCUAUCCAUCGUUUGAAACACCAGGCCCAGAUAAAUCACUGUUCAACGGAGGCAAUUGUUUUACUUAUACUUAUCCGCCGUGAUUUAUAUCUAGUAGAUAUCCCUGUCCAGCGUUUGAACAACCCUGAAUUAAUUUUUUUCUUGACAGGAGCCUUCCUGAUUUUAACACCUGGUUACGUCUCGGAUAAACCCUUGUUUCCAAUAGCCGACGGGUUUGGUGGUCAGCUGUUUUGCGCGCUGCUGGGAAAUAGAUACCUCCUCUUUCUGGUGGCCAAAGAAUCUGUUUUCCUGGUCACAUGUCUUGCCAUGGAACGCUGGUACUGUGUGAUGAGACCAAUGGAGUACAAAAAACACUUUGGAAGAAAAAGACUCUUAAUUUACAUAGUGGUUUCUUGGAUCGCUAGCUGUGCUUUGCAAAGUCACAAAUUUCUUGAGCAAAAACUCAGUGGAAAUAAAUGCGUUCCUGUUGAUGUUCCCUAUGGUAGAGAAGGUGCACAAGCAUUCAUUUCGGUCAAAAGUGUCAGCACUUUUGUGAUCCCGUGUUUCGUCACGUGGCUUACCUUUGCACAUAUAAAGUUUCGUGCACCUGUUUAUCUGAAUGACAAAUCAUCGCAGAGUGAGCGCCGGGAAAGACAGCAAAAGCUCGUACUGCACAUGUGCGCUUUGACAGCUUUUGUGGUCACAUUGUGUUGGCUUCCCGCCCAGUUGAGUUACACUUUAACUCCGUUUGGUAUCACUAGCGUUAGCAGUCCGUUCCACAAAGCGUUCAAUGUUGUUUCGCUCGUUAACUCGUGUAUAAAUCCUUUUAUAUACUGGUAUUAUCAUAGGGAAUUCAGAGAAGAAUUCAUCCGGCUUUUCUGUUUCUGCAAACUCGCCAAGAAAGUUAUUAUCGUUAAACAACAAGAAGUGAGCCUUUCAAAUAGCAAGUCUUGA